AUGCAGGAGGAGGAAAAGCACACAGUUAAUAAGGCCUACAGUAUCGGUAGCACUAGGUUCAGUGGAGUUGAACGAAAUGACUCCCUCUCAACUCGAUCGAUUCUCUUUCCCGUUUUGGACAACUCAGUGGGUGAACGUCUCUUCAAUUGGUACUGUCAGUAUUUUCGCCGACCUGAAGAUCAGCUAACUGUUCUUUCAAUUGUGGAACCCACAUUACAAAUGCAAAAGGCUGGUGUAAGUUCAGAUGACCCUCUGGUGGAAGCUGCAAUGGUAGUAGGAAGAAAUAUUGUCCGACGGUUUCUUCAACGCGCGCAUGAACGGAGCAUCCCUUGCCGAGGAGUGGUUCAAUUGGAUAUUAGUCCAGCCUUAAGUAUUGUGAGAACUGCGAGGGAACGUGGAACCCAAAUAAUCCUCAUGUGUCCCCGUGGAAACGUCGCGGGUGAAUCAGAGAAGGUGGAGUUUGACUCUGUGACCGAGUAUGUGUUGAGACACUGUCCUGAUAUCGCGUUAGCUAUUGUCCCACCUACGACGGGCGAAAGGCGGAUUCGUCGAAGUAGUUUCUAUAAGGAGUAUAUUGAUAACUUUAUGUGA